AUGGGCUCCAUAGACUACGUGAAGCACGCUGCUUGCUACACAAAAUGGCACACGAGCGAUGCGGAGAACAUCGAUAUGGAGCUGACAUCGCCACCGAGCAUGGCUCACGUCAGCCAUCAUCCCAGGAUGUAUCCUCGAGAGCACUGGCUCGCCGGCACCAAAGGCCGAUUAAUCAAGGUGCUGUCAUUGGCCUGCGUCUUCUGUAUCGGCCUUGUGCUCGGCUCGUCGGCUCGACGACCAAUCCAGAGGAACGUAACACUCCAUCAGAGCCACUGUGACCUGCUGCCUCGCGAGCCCUAUCAGAUGAGUGAUAAAAUUUUGAAGAAACUCAUCGAUUCAGUGAGCCGAGAGAACAUCGAAAGCUGGUUGUGGCAGACAACUCGUGAUUUCCACGUAGGCGGAUCGGAUAAAGGCGCAAAACUCGCUCAGAAAAUAAAAGCCACUUGGACGAGUCACGAGAUGAAAAAUGUGCGGGUCGAAAUCUUUAGACCUCUACUGUCGUAUCCCGAUAUGGAGAGAGCCAACGAUGUGAGAUUGACGAAAGGAUCACGCGUUAUCUACCAACUGAAGGCCUCGCACCUCGAGAGCCAGCUCGAGACGCAUCCGUACAUGGCCUAUUCAUCACCGGGAAAAGUUCGAGGCAAGCCAGUGUAUGUAAAUUUCGGACAGUCCGAAGACUUCGAUGUACUGAAAAGCCGAGGAGUCACGCUCAACGGAACCAUUGCUAUCAUGCGCUACGGCAAAGGGCAGACAUUAGCGAAAAUUAAGCGAGCGGAAGAAAACGGCAUCCAGGGUGUUUUGAUCUACGCGGAUCCGUUCGACACGGAAUCCCUCGACACCGAGGUCCCGAGCGGUCCAGCUGUUCCAAGCGACGCCGUCGAACGCGGCAACAUCAAGUCCUUCCCAGGAGACCCGGUGACACCUUUUCUUCCGGCGACCGACGACAUCUACAGAAUGCCAAGGAGUGAUGUCCAGCUGCCUGGAAUUCCAGUGCAGCCCAUAAGCGCCGAGGAUGCGCAACACCUGCUCAGGGGUAUCGGCGGACCUUCGGCCCCCAUCAGAUGGCAAGGCCGCCUCAACCUCUCCUACAACAUCGGCCCCGGGUACAAGGACGCAGCCGAAAUGCAAGUAUUAUGA